CCAAGAGUCAUAUGUUAGUAUCUACUGGCUGCCACUCAUUGUGAACUGUUUGGUAGUUGGUGUCUACCAACUCUGUUUCACCGAUAAAUACAGAGCCAGGCUCCUCGAUKGAUCAGAUACCARGGAAGGAACAAUCAACAAUGGAAGUGAAGGYCUUGGAAACCACCCUUGUAUUUCCCUCUCMACCACCKUUCGACCAUGAUCAUGUCCUCCCCCUCUCCCACCUYGACAAUGACCGAAAUGUUCWGGUCAACUUUCGUUAUGUCCGUGCCUACGUUAACUCUCCCACCAAGGAUGCUACUCCCGGAGCUGAUCCCAUCCGCGUCAUCUCCGACGCUCUUUCCAGGGCCCUCGUCUACUAUUAUCCCUUCUCUGGCACUCUCCGCCGCCGCCMUACCGACUCCCGCCUUGAACUCCUCUGCACCGCCGUCGUUUGCGCCACCGCGAAUUGUUCACUUGCUUCGGUCAAUUACCUCGACGACCUUGACGCUCAUUUUCUAGAACAGUUGGUACCCGAUCCCAACUCUGGCAACGAGCUCCUCCACCCCUUCAACCUACAAAUCACCAUCUUUAAGUGCGGGGGCUUCACCCUCGGCGCUUCAAUUCAUCAUUCCAUGUGCGAUGGACUGGGGGCAACUCAGUUCUUCAACGUCAUGGCCGAGUUUGCUCGCGGGGCUACUCAACCUUCAAUCCAGCCCGUCUGGGACCGCUCUAGUCUGCUCGGACCAAGAGACCCACCUCGUGUUGRGGUACCUUUUCAUGAGUUCCUUUGUUUGGACAAAGAUUUCUCACCAUACAACCAAACGCCCGGUCCUCUUGUUCGUGAAUGCUUUCCCGUUAAGGACGACUGCCUGGAGAGGUUUAAAGCGAAGCUUUCCGAGGAGUCUGGGUCGAGCUUCACUACAUUCGAAGCUUUGGGAGCUUUCCUAUGGCGGGGCAGGGUUAAAGCCUCUGGAAUUACAGGGGAUGAAAAGGUGAAGUUCGCCUACUCAAUCAACAUAAGGAAACAGCUAAAGCCGGCACUUCCCGCCGGAUACUGGGSCAAUGGGUGUGUGGCCAUGUACGUGCAGCUUAGUGCCCGAGAACUGAUAGAACGGCCUCUUUGGGAGGYAGMAGAGMUGAUYAAGAAGAGCAAACGCAAUGCCACRGAUGAAUACGUGAGGUCAUUCAUCGACUUCCAAGAGCUACAUUACGCAGAGGGGAUCACGGCCGGGAAGGGAGUGAGCGGGCUCACAGAUUGGAGGCACUUGGGUCAUUCUACGGUUGAUUUUGGUUGGGGAGGUCCAGUUACUGUUCUGCCUCUGUCCAGGAACCUACUCGGCAGCGUCGGACCUUGCUUCUUCUUGCCUUACUCUUCUACCAAUAAUGGGGCCAAAAAGGAUGGAUUUAAGGUUCUGGUGUCUUUGCCAGAGUCGGCAAUGCCUGCUUUCAGGGCGGAGAUGGAAAUAUUUAGUACUGGGUAGGGAGGGCUUCAAGCUUUAUCCACUAUUCGUUUCUAUUUCCAUGUAGUCAAUUCAUAAUCCUGCUGGUUUUCAUACGGAUCCUGUAAUUCUGUUCGGUGAUGGGCUGUGACAGUCAAUUGCUCUGUAGACUCCCAGUUAAUAGUAYUCCAAUAAUAAUUCAGUUCUAAGUAUUUCAUGAACCGAUUGAAAUUUCGAUUAAUUCCAAAGGCUUUGCAUUGA